AUGGACCACGGCAGCAUCCAAGCAGACGAGGCUGCUUCACGAACUUCUUUACAAAUCCAAAACCAUGACCCCCGAUCAUCAACCCAUGAGCUUAUGGGUAGUUCAGAUUCCCAUCAUCAUCAUCCUCAUCACACACGCUCUCAGUCACAGUCGCAGUCACAAUACAACCGCCACCACCAUCACAACUACCAUUCCUCUCUAGACAAUAUCGACCGUCGACACCCAGACUUGUACCAGUACCUCCAGGAGGCCGAAUCACCCCACGGCCACAACCACGGCCACCACUCCCACACCCACACCCGUCCACCACAAGCACGCCGUGACUCCCACCAACAGGACCAUCAGUCGUACUUCCCCGAACACUCGAGACAGUCCAGUCCCACACACCCGUCUGCGCCCGCGCCCGCAUUAGACUUUGAGCCCCGACCCAGUCACUUGGCCAGCUUUUCAGCCAGUUAUACCAGCUACCACUCAGCCAGUCGUCCACCUAGCCGUCGACAAAGUCCUCUAGCCAGUCCUCUGCUGAAAAGUCCCUUGGCCAGUCCUCGACUAACAAAAAGUCCAUCAAGAACUCCCCUGGCCAGCCCGUCUGCCUCUGGCCACAGCCUCAACCAAAAGAUUCCAUUUGCUUCCCAUGCCGCCGCCGUCAAUCUCCAGGCUUUUGCCGCCAAUGCAAGAGUCCCCGACUCGCUAGACGUGGGAGUGGACGAAGAAGAAGACCCCGACAACUUUUAUCGUAGCUUUGGAACGGAAAGUGAUGCCGUUGCCGCUGUAACAACCACCACCCCCAACCACACUACGGACCUGGACCUGGACCUGGACCCAAUGAAGAAGAGCAGUACCUCGGCCACCUUACCACCACUCCAAGAACACAAACCACAAACGCAGUCCCCAUCCUCCCCAAGGUCACCUUCGAAUGGGGCCCUAAAGCCAUCCCCUCUGCCUGCUGCUACACAUGCUGCUACUCAUGCUGCCGUUGCUGGCACCGCCAAAAUGUCCAGCGGUCGUAGUGCGCAUACUAAUCCACCACCCAGUGCCUCUGGUGCUCGAUCGGGUCUCCGCUCAGCAUCGAAUCCCGUUGACGAUCGCCUUGGCGGCAAUGGCAGGCCGGCGCUGACAACAGCUAACUCGUAUGGGACUGCAGGUGGGGCUUACCCACCGGGGAGGAGCGUGAAGGACCUCACCAAGAAGUUCAACCAAACAGGGACAUCCCACAACAGCCACAACAAUAACCCAAGCCAACAGCGAGGACAACAACAGUCCAGACCCUUGAGAGACCCGACUACUUUUACCUCCACUUUGUCUGCCGCUUCCACCAUCAAGGCUGGUCGAUCUCCCAGCGUUGGCGCCCGAGCUGCCUCCUAUUCGGCACGGUCCAGUAACACCACGACGACGACGACGACGACGACGACGACGACGGCUUCAGGGUCAGCGACGACAUCUUCGAUAGCCACAUCGAUACGGCGCUCGCGAGGAGACCCAACGACGAACAACGCCGGCAGCCCAUCCCAAACAUUGUACGGAGCACGAUCCAGAAGUAUUCCGCGGCCGCGACCCAAACUCUCGACCGACGAUCGAAUAACGAACCGCAACUCCCAAUCGUUCGCGAACCGGAUCAGCAAGCCCCGAAAUAACGGUGGAGCCGCCGCAAACGGGCCGGCAUCCAGGUCGCUGCCGCAGCUGUCCCCCACCACCGGAUUGCCGUUACAAUCAUUGUCGCGAUCGAAUGGGCUGCUCUUUGGCGAGAUCCUGCCCGACGAACAAGACGAGGUCACGGCUGGGUUUGGCAUCCAAGGCCACCUGGGAGUAGUAGGGGGAGGUCGUCCCCGGCGGACUUCCGAGUCAAGCAUACAUGACCUCACAAGGCCCGGACCCCGCCUGCGCAGCUCCUCUCACUCGGAUAUGGGAGAUAUGGAGCCACAGUCUCCAACCGACUGGUACCGCGGGGCGGCCUCUGCGCUGCCUGACAGCUCAGCAAGAGUAGCUAAGAACCACUCUAGAGCCCAUAGCGAUGCCGUGGUCUCGUCCUCGUCCUCCAAAUCAAGCAACACCCGGUCCGGCCGCGGCACAGCGACAACAAGUAGCAGGGCGGUUGGCAACACCGGCCGAACUACUCCGUCCACACCGACCACGCCCCUAUCCUCCACCUCGCGCCUCCCCGUCAUGGUCAAAAGAGCUAGUAUUUCUGAAAGCCACGGAAGAAGCAGCCCGGUGUCCACCCGAUCCAACUCCCCCGCCGCCGCACUAAAAUACGGACAAACCCCUACCAGCGGAAGAUCCUCCCGCCAGCAGCAUGGGAUACCGGCCUCGAGGGCCAAAACACCUGCCACCCGAUCGAGCACCCCUUCCACGCCAGCGACCGCAACCGCCAAGCGAUCCCAGACCUCGAAUCGAAAAGCCGCCCCGAGUAACAUCGCGACCCCUAGCAGCAGCAGCAAUAACAACAACGGCCGGCUCAACGCAUAUGUGGCUGUGCCCGCUCCAAAACUAUCUCCCUCGCUGCGAAGCUCGCGACCCCGGCAGUCCGUGGCCACUGCUACGACCGCGGCUUCCCGGAUGAAAUCCUCCACCGGCCGACCAACGUCCCCCGACAAGUCGAACCGCCGGGCCGGAUCGAGGGCCGCCGACAACGUUGCUACCAUUCGACGACGAAAGCUGUCCGUAGGACCCAUCGAUUUCGCCCAGCGACGAGAAACUAUAAAGCUUGCAUACAGCAAAACCAUCAAAGAUCAGCAGGCAAAGGAGGCCAGGGAGGCUGCGGCGGACAAGCGAAAGAAGGACAUGGAGGCGGUCACCCGCGCCAAGGCCAAAGCGGAAGCUGCCGCUCUUGCUGCAUUGCCCUCGGCCAAAUCGUCUUCCGAUUCAGUACAUCGAAGAGCCUCGGAAGCAGGGAGACACACAGACAAGAAGGGGCUUGAAGAACCGCUCAAGCUUAUUACCAACCUACCCGUAAUACAGACACCGGCUCAACCACCUGCGAGCAACGGCCGUGAUUCACCGACGUUAGGAAUACCAGGAGGCUUUGUCGAUAGUGACGACGAGCUCGAUAUUCCAAUACCGCAAUCAGCCAUAUCCGUUGCGACCGCAGUAACCGAGUUCGAAGAGGAAGAGCAAACAGAACCGCCACGGCCGCAGAGUCUCGAAGCGAUUGACUAUGCCUUGGGAAAUAUUGUGAUUGACCAGCCACCAAGUCCACGAACCCUUGAACCGCCAGAACCAGCGCCUCCAUUGGCAUCGCCUUUGUCAACCCACAGCAAACGAUUAUCCUAUCAUUCGCCAUUCGACGACGAUGACGAUGUGGACGAUGACGACGAUGUGUCUAUCGAGAUUGCGCUGGAUACUCACUCGCAGCAACCGACGCCGACCCGGGGGGAUUUCACUGCGACCAAGCCAACAACCAUGGUUCCUGUGCAGCCAGAUGCAGAAGACGAAUACGUCCCCCAACCGUAUACAUAUUCUUCACAAAAUUACGAAACAACGGUCACGAUAUUGGGCCCCGAAAAUGAUUUUAGACCGUUGUACAAGGACCAAGCUCGUGACACGAUGCCUCCAUCCGGUCUGCACCAUGCAGAUGAGCCGCCGCUGAAUGAGACAUUGGGAGCCACCGGCUCUGGGCAUUCACAUUCCCAGCACCAGCAGCAUCAGCACCAGCAGCAGCGCGAAGAACCCCGUAUUUUUUAUAUUGGCCCGCAUCUACGCGACAACAUUGCCAGCCUGCGGGAUUCGACUUUCACGUUAUCGGACAACGGGGAUCCAUAUGAUGCACAUCCCCCUUCCACAGCAGAGUACCAGCAAACACCUGACAGCUCACACUCCAACAGCCUGGCCGUACCUGCCUACUUGUCACCUGGCAACCGCCUCAGUCAGCAUUCAGCCUGGACUGACUUUUCCUUUGGAAGCGAUGACCAGAAUGCUGCUCUAGAUAGCCAAGAUCCGCGUGAUUCACGGCAGUUCAAGCAGCAGCAGCAGCAAACAGAACCCGAACCACCUGCGUCGUAUAAUAACUUUGACAGGAAUCGGUCGAGCUUACGGCGUCCACCACCACCACGAAGUCCAGAAUUAUCACCGCUUGACCAGCCGCCCAGAGCGUCUACAUCCUCCAUGCUGGCCGACAAGGCCGACCCGCGGCAAUCCUCAGAAUUUGAUAGGGACAAUUCUGCUGCCCAGAAGAGGAUACCAUUAGUGUCGCACCAGACGGCCCCUGCUCGCCCAGCAGCAGCGAAUAACUACGACGAUUUGGACGAGAGCACCUACGAAGUGCUUUCCCGGCCCAAUAGUUAUCCACAUACACAUGAUGAAAAGGAGUUUGGAACUGCCAUCAUCUCCUCUCCACCAUCAGCUGGCCAAUUUUCCUUCGAGACAGUGGACCGGUCGCAUCUUUCCCGAACCGAGAGCAAGAGCAUAUCGUCCGAAGCUACAGAUAACUUGACACAGGAGCAGAAGCGACUUCGGCAACGGCAGCUGGUCAUCCGGGAGCUGAUCGAUACCGAAGAAAUCUUUGUCCGGGAUAUGAGCGUUGUGGAGGAGAUUUACAAGGGCACAGCGGAAGCGUGUCCUCAACUCGAUUCCAAGACGAUCAAGCUCAUUUUCCGAAAUACCGACGACAUCAUUGCCUUCCACCUGACGUUCCUUGCUCAGCUGAAGGAUGGGGCGGCGAGUGUCUAUCAGCCCAAGGGCAGGAAGUCACCUACCUUUGCACAUGAGGCGUCGUCAAAGGACUCGGAUACGACGACACUGGCGUCUAUCAACUCCGGCGGGACCAUGAACAAGCAGGAAUUGGACGACGACAAGGACCGCCAGACCAGCCUCGGACCUCUCUUUACCAAGAACAUCGACCAGCUCAAGGCCGUCCAUGAAGUCUACCUCCGAACCAGUGAUCUGUCUGCCAAACGCCUGAUCCAGAUCCAGGAGGACGAUGCCGUCAAGGUGUGGCUGAACGAGUGCAGCGAGGGUGCCAAGGAACUGACAGCAGCCUGGAGUUUGGAUUCCCUUCUCAUCAAGCCCAUGCAGAGGUUGACCAAGUACCCUGAUAUCAUUGCUCAUCUCCUCAAGUAUACCCCAGCCGACCAUCCCGAUCGAGAUGCACUCGUCAACGCCAAGUCUACCGUAAUCAGCGCCAUUGACGAGAUCAACAGGACCAAGAGGAACUUUGAGCUUGUGGGUCAGAUCGUCGGCAACAGGAAGCGCAAGGACUCGGAUGUCCGAGCUGGUCUGGCCAGGGCUUUUGGCAAGCGUGUCGAUAAGCUGCAAGGAGCAAGCAACAGGGCACCGGAAGACGAAGAAUACGCCAAACUUCACGAGCGGUUCGGUGACGAGUUCCUUCGUCUGCAGGUGGUACUUCGCGAUGUCGAGUUUUACACUCGAAGUGCCUCCACCUAUGUCCACGAGUUUCUGCAAUACGUAACUGCUAUGGAGCUGGUUAUGCGCUUGCAGCCAUCGAGAGAUUACGCCCAUAUUGAAAGCCGAUGGGUCCAGUUCAGUGUCUCUAUGCGGGACAUGGAGAAGAUCCUGGACAAACAUCUAGUCGACGUUCGCAAACACGUUAUCGAGCCAUUUGAGCAAGUCAUCAAAUGUUACCAAAACCCUGGACUGGCUAUCAAGAAGCGAGCGAAGCGCCGUCUUGACUACGAGCGCUACAUGCAGCUUAAAGCCAACGGCAAGAAAAUCGACAAGACCCUCGCCGAGGCCGUUGAGCAGUACGAAGCCCUCGAUGAUACCCUCAAGAAGGAGCUUCCCAAGCUUUCUAACCUGACCGCUGAGAUUGGCAAUAUCUGCUUGGCCAAGUUCGUCAACAUCCAAGCGGCGUGGUACUCCACCUGGAAAGAAAAAGUCAAGUCCCCCCUUGCCGACCUCGAUCACGUCCCCGAUCUGCCAGAGAUCGUCAAGACCUUCCAGCGAGAUUUCACCGAGCAAGUCGAGCGGGCAGGACAGCUCGUCAUUCUCAAACCCGUUUCGCUGAGAGGUAGGACCUCCCAAUCGACGUCGGAUGAUAUUGGCUCUGGCUCUGUUCUGUCCAAGACUCGGUCGCGGCCAUCUGAGCUUCUCACGCCUAGAGGUCGUGGUUUGUCUAUCAACAGCGAUUAUGUCCCGUCUCUGCCGACACCUGACGUGUUGGGAAGAUUUGACCUCUCACCCACCGGCACCACUGGUUCGGCGCUACCCAGUCCGGGACAGUAUUACCGAGAUUUCUACUCCGGCUUGUCCAACGGUCAUCACUCAAGAGGCAACUCUACUGCUCCUCUCAGUCCAGACCCGUCAUCGUCUUCGGCCCCAAGAUCGGUACCCGCUACCCACGCUACUUCUACCACUGGCGGAUACUCUACCCGCCCCACGACUGGUCGCAGUUUUGAUUCAGGUAGUUUGCCUAGGCAGAGUACCGAUUCCUACUCGGCUCAAUCCGCCUCCGGCGGCACCCAUCACACCAGCACCCACAGCCACAACAGCCAACACGGCGGCGUCGCACACUCCGGCUCAGGCCACACCCUCUCCCGCCGCGGGUCCUAUACUUCCUCUCAUCACAACUAUGCGACAAGCGAACCCCGUCGUCAGUCAGGGUUGUUCCACUCUGCUUUGCCCAUGGAUGACGCAGAUGAGCUUGACGAACACCACCAUCACGCUGAAGCAGAAGCUGGGCCUAGUGGUCACAGUGGUCAUGACAUGCAUAUGUCAGGCGGUGCUGGUGCUGGUAGUACAAGUGGAGGAGGAAGCAUGUUCAUCUCGGCGGAAGCUGCCGCAGAAGCAAAUGUCAUGUGGUUGGCUGCUAGUCUGUUCGAGUUCAAUAUCGAGACUACCAAACAUGAGGGCGGGUAUCCUUAUUUGACUUAUCAAGCUGGGGAGAUCUUCGACGUGGUGGCAGAAAAGGGCGAACUCUGGCUGGCCAAAAAUCAAGACGACCCAACAAACGUCAUCGGUUGGAUCUGGAGCAAGCAUUUCGCCAAGCUGGCGGAGUAG